AUGUUCGCAGCGCGCCUCUGGCGUGUGACGGGGACACCGGGGAUGCGAUGUGCAGCCCAGUCACUUCGUCCUCCAUUAUUCUCACGCCGCCACUUCCACCCCAUCCGCCUCGCCUCAACGUCGCCGAACCAGGCCCCAGUCUCCUCGCAGCCGAGACAGUCGAUUGAGCGCGCUCGGCCAACGCGCCCGCCGAAGCAAGCGACCCACAAACCUCCCCGCCGUCGCAUGGAGGCCGCCUCGCUUCCGCUGCGUAACGAGACGGCUCCGACCCGAGGCCCGAUCCUGCAAUGCAUCGCGCACACUACGGCCGAGCGGUACGACCUUUCCGCGCUGGCGGUCACCUUGCGCCGCCUCGGUGUGCGGUGGGACGAGGUACCGGAGGGGGACCCUGACCGCGCGUUCGUGAUUCAGCCGUGGAAGGGACGUGGCGGAGCAGAGCGGCUGAUUCGCGGCAAGGAUGUGCGUCCCGAAGCCGAGGAUGAGGGAGACGACCUCGGCUUCGAGUACGGCGAACGCGGCGAGAUUCUCGUCUUCCACUCGGGAAGCUUUGUCACUUGGGGCCUGACGGAAGAGGAGGGUCGCGCGUUUCUGCGUAACGUCAUCCGGACCAAGGGGAGCCGCGUCGAGCACGGACGCCUCGCAGACGCCGAUUGCGAGGUCGAGGAGGCGGACUUUGUCGUCGACCCCGAGGCCCAAACACACAUCUUGGGCAACCUGAUCCUCCUCGGCCGUCCGCCAGAGCUAUCCACUUUCUCGAGCAGCUCACCUGCUCUCGCCUCUCUUCUCGCGCGCUACACCCUCAGUCUGUCGCUCACGCGCUCGUCAUCUCUCUCCGUCCUCGAGAACAGGUUAGACAAGCACAUUGCCUCCGUCUCGCUCCUCCCCCGCGCUCUCGAAGUCUUCGGUGAACAGCCCCUGGGGCGCCGCGACGUUAUCCGCAAGGCUGGCGAGCUCAUGACCCUCCGCAUGGCUGUUAACACGCGCGGCGGCGGCCUCGAGGACACGCCCGAGUUUUACUGGUCCGAACCGGAGCUUGAACAGUACUUUGACGCGAUCGCCAACGAGUUUGAGAUGAAGGAGCGCGUCGAGACGAUCAACAAGAAGAUCGACUAUGCGCAGGAGGUGCAGAGCACUCUGCGCGCCUUGCUCACCGAGGCGAGUGGACACCGCAUGGAAAUUAUCAUUAUCCUUCUCAUUGCCGUCGAAGUGGUUUUCCUCCUCAUCCGCGAGGGUCCCGAACUUUACGAGGAGCUCGUGCACCCCGUCAUGGGUCGGGUGAAAGAUGUGCUCGGUCCGCUGACAAAGCCGUCAUCUGCGCCGCGCGUCCGUGGCGUCGCCCCGGCGCCUGAGCCCGUUACGUCGGCGCCCGAGGCCGAGGCCAAUGACGAGCCCCGUCGCCUUGUCUAG